CCCUUCAGUCUUGCACAGGUGUACCGGCUCCACCCCUUCAGUCUUGCACAGGUGUACCGGCUCCUCCCCUUCAGUCUUGCACAGGUGUACCGGCUCCACCCCUUCAGUCUUGCACAGGUGUACCGGCUCCACCCCUUCAGUCUUGCACAGGUGUACCAGCACCUCCCCUUCAGUCUUGCACAGCUCCUCCCCUUCAGUCUUGCACAGGUGUACCGGCUCCACCCCUUCAGUCUUGCACAGGUGUACCAGCACCUCCCCUUCAGUCUUGCACAGGUGUACCGGCUCCUCCCCUUCAGUCUUGCACAGGUGUACCGGCUCCUCCCCUUCAGUCUUGCACAGGUGUAUCGGCUCCUCUCCUGGAAUGAAAUGGCUUCCUCUGAUUUCACUGCACACUGUGAGCAUCUUACAUUGUGC